UCCUCGCGCACGCGCACACGGAGGGGGAGACGGCCGCUGUGACGCUCCGGCGGCGGCGCGUGAGGUGCGCGAUUCCCCGCGUCUUGGGACCAGUGUCCCGGCUGCCGCCGCCAUGUCGGGCCGUUCCGUCCGGGCCGAGACCCGCAGCCGGGCCAAAGACGACAUCAAGAAGGUGAUGGCGGCCAUCGAGAAAGUGCGGAAAUGGGAGAAAAAGUGGGUGACUGUGGGUGACACAUCCCUUAGGAUAUUUAAGUGGGUUCCUGUGACAGACAGCAAGGAGAAAGAAAAGUCAAAAUCCAACAGUUCAGCAGCCCGGGAACCUAAUGGCUUUCCCUCUGAUGCCUCAGCCAAUUCCUCUCUCCUUCUUGAAUUCCAGGACGAAAACAGCAACCAGAGUUCUGUGUCUGAUGUCUAUCAGCUCAAGGUGGACAGCAGUACCAACUCAAGCCCCAGCCCCCAGCAAAGCGAGUCUCUGAGCCCCGCACACACCUCUGACUUCCGCACUGAUGACUCCCAGCCCCCCACGCUGGGCCAGGAGACUCUCGAGGAGCCCUCCCUGCCUGCCUCAGAAGUCGCUGAUGAACCUCCCACCCUUACGAAGGAAGAACCAGUCCCACUGGAGACCCAGAUGGCGGAGGAGGAGGAGGAGGACUCUGGUGCCCCGCCACUGAAGCGCUUCUGUGUGGACCAACCUGCAGUGCCGCAGACGGCCUCCGAAAGCUAGCACUGCCUGCACACGGCCUCCGAAAGCUAGCACUGCCUGGUGCGCUCCUCCUGGCCCUGCCUCUAUUUAUUGUAUUCUGGCUCUGGCCGUGCCGUGUCACUGGGGUUAGGGCAGCACUGGGGCCGAGCCUGCACACGGGAGCCCUCCAGGCUGGAAGGCCAGCGUAGGACCUGGGGUUGUAGCGUCAUCAACCUGUCCCUGGCACCUGUGUCAGCUUGCUCCUAGGAAGAGGAGUGCUUAUGUCCUUUUAGCACUUCAGCAGGCUGGAGCCUCAGCCAUUCCAAGGUUCGUCUGUCACCUCCUGGUAGCAUUCUCUGCUCUAGAACCUCUGGACGGAGCUGCUGGCGCUUCUUCAGGAGAAAGAUAUGGAAGGCACCUCUGGGGAAGAGAGUGCCGAGGUUACUUGAACUUGAACAAAGACUGUAGAUUGUGGGACUGUCUCAGGGCCGGAGCCCUGUGGUCCCCUUUGGAGGCCUGGGUAGAGAUGUGGGUGGGCUGGGGAGGCUCUUCCCCAGGAAGGAAGGGCCUGUCUUACACAUGGCCAUAGUCCCUGUAGGUUUCUUGCCAUCCUGGCCGUUCUGCUCCGUCCUCAGGAGGUGCCGCCUCUCCUGGGCCCUCCCGCUGCCAACAGCCCUGUCCCUGUGACUGUCCUGGCCCCAUGUAUGCACACACGCAGUUUCUGUCUCCACCUGUACAUUUCAUUCCAGUGUCCCCUGCCUCCUGCCACCACCGACCCCAGCAAGGAUCGAGGUUCUGACAACAGAACCCACCCCCCACCUACUCCUCAGCUCAGACUUUAUAGAAAGCUCCCUUGCUUUGAAAUCUGCAUGUUUAAUUGAACUUUGUGAUUUUAUUUUUU